ACACGUUUAUUGCGUCCUGGCCGUGCGGCGGCGGCGGCGUCCCGUCCCGUCCCGUGCCUCCCUGCUUGCCUUUGCUUCCUUCCUUCCUUGCGGGUCUCCCUCCCAGUUGUCUUCUUCCUUCCCCCUCCCACUCCCACCUCCGCAUCCAAUUUGCUUGGCCUGACCACCAACCCGAUCCAGAGAAGAGAAGAGGUGGCAGCCGGGAUCGAGAAAGAAAGCUCCGUCCAUCAGUUGGGCGGUUGUGGUGGAAAGCUGGUUUCCCGGAUUUGAAGGAAGCCGUUUCCCCGGCCAGUCCUUGUCGCAUCUCUCCCGCUACUACUACUCUGCCUAGUGUAGUUGUUGACAGGCUUGAUCUUAAUUGGUGCCACUUUCGAAUAAGGAAAGCGUCUUUGUUGCAAAUCUUCUUCAGCUGUGGUGUGGUGAUGAUGGCGACGUAGGAGGCAGGUGGUUGACAAGCAAAGCAUCCAGCCCAGGGCCGCCAUGGAUGGGACUGGGAGCACCUGGGAGGACAUGAUGCGGAGGAUCCUUCCCCCGGGCACUCCCAUCCCCGACGCGCCGCCCAAUCUCGACUACUCCAUCGCCCUCGAGUACGACGGCCCGCCGGUGCCCUACGACCUCCCCAGGGUAGACCCCGUCCAGAUCCCUGCAAUCCCCACGGCGGAGCCAGUGUCCGGUUCCCAGGUGCUCGGAGCCCUCCCGGUGGCCCCUGUUGUUCAGCCCAUCCGCCUCCCCGUCUCUAGGAUCGCCCGCUGCGCAGAUCCGGUGGCCGCGCAGCCUGCUGGCAGCUCUGAGUCAGUCCUGCACAACCAGGAGUUCAGUGACGACGAUGACCAAGCCGAUGAUUCCCGCUCACAGUCGCACGGCUCAGCACAGACCUCACCUGGCCCACAGAAUAGGCAGGAGGGCAGGAGACCUCCCGUCGUCACCUUCGGCUUCACACCCGACACCAAGUAUGACAGCAACCAGUUUGAGGACAUGUCUGAGCAGUACGUGGCUGUCACCAAGAAGGACAAGACGACGACGACGACGAGGAGAAGGGCGUGCUAUCGCUGUGGGAAGAGGAAAUGGGAGAGCAAGGAGUCAUGCCUUGUUUGUGAUGCAAGGUACUGCAGCUAUUGUGUCCUUAGGAUGAUGGGGUCAAUGCCAGAAGGGCGCAAGUGCGUCGCCUGCAUCGGCCAGCCAAUCGAUGAGUCUAAAAGGUCAAAGCUGGGGAAGAACUCGAGGACGCUUUCGCGGUUGCUCAGCCCCUUGGAAGUAAGGCAAAUCUUGAAAGCUGAGAAGGAGUGCCAAGCGAAUCAGCUUCGCCCAGAGCAGCUUAUUGUCAAUGGUUGCCCGUUGAGGCCAGAGGAGUUAACUGACCUGUUAAGUUGCUCACGGCCUCCUCAGAAGCUAAAGCCAGGAAAGUAUUGGUAUGACAAGGAGUCAGGCUUAUGGGGAAAGGAAGGGGAAAAACCAGACAGGAUUAUUAGCUCCAACCUCAAUUUUACUGGGAAGCUUCAGGCCAAUGCUAGUAACGGAAACACCCAGGUUUAUAUGAACGGAAGGGAGAUAACAAAGGUUGAGCUGAAAAUUCUAAAGGUUGCAAAUGUUCAGUGUCCUCGUGACACUCAUUUUUGGGUUUAUGAUGAUGGUCGUUAUGAGGAAGAAGGACAAAACAACAUAAAAGGAAAAAUAUGGGAAUCAGCUCUGACACGUUUUGCAUGCACAUUAUUUUCACUGCCGGUGCCUCCGGGGAAUUCAAAUGGAACCAGAGAUGAAAUUCCAUAUACUGCAAGAACUGUUCCUGAUUAUUUGGACCAAAAAAGAAUACAAAAGCUUCUUCUCCUUGGACCACCUGGUGCUGGUACGAGCACUAUUUUUAAGCAGGCUAAAUACUUGUAUGGGACUAGGUUCACCCAAGAAGAACUUGAAGGUAUCAAACUGAUGAUCCAAAGCAAUAUGUUCAAGUAUCUUGGGAUUUUGCUAGAGGGACGCGAGCGUUUUGAGGAAGAGGCUUUGUCUAGAUUGAAUUACACGAUUUCUCACGGUGAAGAAACUCAGCAUGAUGAAAAUAAAGCCAAUGGAUCAAAUUCUUGUAUAUACUCCAUAAAUGCGAGGCUAAAGAAAUUUUCAGAUUGGCUUUUGGAUAUAAUAGCAAUGGGCGACCUAGAUGCAUUCUUCCCUGCUGCAACGCGUGAAUAUGCUCCAUUUGUUGAUGAGAUGUGGAAGGACCCCGCCAUACAAGCAACAUUUAAAAGAAAGGAAGAAUUACAUUUUCUCCCUGAUGUAGCUGAGCACUUCUUGAGCAGGGCCAUUGAGGUGUCAAGCAAUGAGUAUGAACCUUCAGAGAAAGAUGUAAUCUAUGCUGAAGGAGUAACACAAGGAAAUGGGCUAGCCUUCAUCGAGUUCACACUUGAUGAUCGCAGCCCAAUGUCAGAACCUUAUAUCGACAACCCUGAGGCACAUUCCCAGCCUCUCACCAAAUAUCAGCUGAUCAGAGUUAGUGCAAAAGGCAUGAAUGAUGGCUGCAAAUGGGUGGAAAUGUUUGAAGAUGUCCGCAUGGUGAUAUUCUGUGUAGCACUCAGUGAUUAUGACCGAUUGGGACCCCCUGUAUGUGGCAGCAGUCGACCUAUUGUGAACAAAAUGAUGCAAAGCAAAGAGUUAUUUGAGGCUACAAUCCGGCAACCAUGCUUCUGUGAUACUCCAUUUGUUCUGGUUCUGAACAAGUAUGACCUUUUCGAGGAGAAGAUCAACCGUGCCCCCAUCUCUAGCUGUGAGUGGUUCAAUGACUUCUGCCCAGUGCGGACGAACCACAACAACCAGUCGCUGGCUCAUCAGGCAUACUACUACAUCGCCAUGAAGUUCAAGGACCUGUACUUUGCGCAGACGAACCGGAAGCUUUUCGUGUGGCAGGCUCGUGCCCGUGAGCGCCAGACUGUGGACGAAGCAUUCAAGUACGUAAGGGAGGUUCUCAAGUGGGAGGAGGAGAAAGACGAGAACUACUACCAGGAGGAAUCGUUCUACAGCACGACUGAGAUGAGCUCCUCCCCGUUCAUCAGAGCGGAAUGAGAUGGCAGGCACUUGCUGAUUUUAUUUUAUUAGCUGAUUUCGUGUGGUACAUACAGAUGCAAAAAUCAAUCAUUAUCAGUGUAUAUUAUUUAAUUGAUUUGCUUAUUCGUAUCGUAAUUGGUAUUGGUUGUGUAUCUUAGUGCUAAGGCAUAUAAGAAUCAAAGAAUGUGUUGUUAAUACUGCUGCUGUUUACUGUUGGUGCAUUGUAUUUGCCAGUACUAA